AAGCAUCAGCGCGGGCGGCGGACAUACACUCCAUCAUCUACAAACGAAGCUCCGAAUCGACAUCCCGCCAACUCACAACGGCACCAUCUAAAAUACACCUCCAUCGAUCCUGCAUCCGCAAAACACCUUUGAUUCUGCGUUGUUUACAUUCAAACUUAGCUAUCCACUCCGGAAUCAGAUAACGUAUUCUGGGUCGAUUCAAUCCGAACCCCACUCACCAUGAGCGCCGAUACGGUCGCCGAUUUCCUUGCCGACCAGCGGGACGAAGCUCCGGAAGAGCUCCAGCCGCUUAUUCUUAAGUUUGAGGAUUACUGGGAGAGGAAAUUAUGGCAUCAACUUACUGAAGCCUCCCUCGAGUUCUUCGACCACCCUAUAAGCCGUCCAGCAAGGCUUCAUUUCUACAAGGUCUUUGUCGCCAAGUUUGCGGAUAAGAUCAACCAGCUCAAGCUGGUAGACAUAGCCCUCAAGGCCGCCACAGCUGCUAAAGAUCCCAAAGAGCGACUACAGUUCCUCGAGACGGUUGCCAAGAAGGUCGACGAUGAAGACUCGCAAGAUGCCUACGUCUUUGCUCUGAUCGCAGUGGCGAGGGUGAAGCUGGAUCUGAAGGACCCCGAGGGAACAAGGAAAGACCUCGACAAGGCCGAGAGGAUACUGGAUAGCUUUGACAGCGUCGAGACGGUCGUCAGCGCUGCCUUCUACAGUGCACAGGCCGACUACUACCAGGCCCAGGCCGAUUUUGCAUCAUACUACCGCAACGCCCUCCUAUACUUGGCCUGCAUCGACGUCUCGGCCCUGACGCCAGAGGAGCGUCGCUCGCGGGCAUACGACUUGGCCAUUGCCGCCCUAGCCUCCACCUCCAUUUACAACUUUGGCGAGCUCCUGCUCCACCCUAUCUUGGAUGCCCUGACCCUGAGUGACAAGGAUUCGUGGCUGCGGGAACUUCUCUUCGCCUUCAACCGCGGCGACCUGGCCGCCUACGAUGUCCUCUCGGGCCAUAUCGGCUCGAACCCGCUCCUGGCCAAGCACCGCGGUCAGCUGAGGCAAAAGAUCUACCUGGCCGCCCUGACCGAGGCCGUCUUCCGCCGCCCGCCCCACGACCGCGCCAUGACCUUCCAGACCAUUGCGCGCGAGACCAAGGUGCAGCCUGACGAGAUCGAGCACCUCGUCAUGAAGGCCCUAAGCCUGGGUCUCCUGCGCGGCAACAUCGACCAGGUCGACGAGGUCGCCCACAUCAACUGGGUCCAGCCCAAGGUCCUCGACAUGAAGCAGAUCGACAACAUGCGCCUGCGCCUCAAGGACUGGGACUCGAGCGUUAACCAACUCGGCAACUGGAUCGAGGGCGUGGGUCAGGAUGUGUGGGCUGUCUAAGAGGGGUGAUAUGCGGGUGGAGGAGAAACGAAGCUCGGCUCUGUCGGUAGGGCGUCCCAAAAGGGUGAAUCGUUCUUCCGACUGGAGAUGGCAUUGGCGAACAAAAGACUCGCUUCACGAUGUGUAUCAUAGCUAGAGGUUAUAGAGCCUGAGGAUAAUGGGAGACAUUAUGAGGGACGUCACGUCAUGAAAAAUCAAAAGAAUUUCAAUG